AUGGAUGCCAGCCUAGCGCCUGUGGCGCGAUCAAGCUUCCCGGAUACUGUUGGUCCUAAGAAAUCAAACACUAUCGUCUCGAUCUUUGCGCGUGAUGCAGAGCAUCAAACUACCAAAACUUGGAAACCACUAGCGCUGCGCGCACCAGUUCUGAUUUUGACUACGGCGAUAUGCUGGUCUCUAAUCGCGAUACUACAGUUUUUCCUUCACCAAAGCCAACAGAAUGGUGGUGUCAUAUUCGCGCCUCGGAUCAAUGACCUUCCUUUGGGUCAUGCCUUCAUGUACUUGUACUUUCCCACAGUCGUUGCUGUCAUUUUCAGUACCUACUGGGCGUGGAUAGACCUGGAGACAAAACGAAUGGAGCCUUACUAUCAACUGAGUAAAGAUACCGGAGCAUUAGGGAAGGACUCGUUACUGUUACAAUACCCAUUCGACUUCUUGCCGCUCGUCCCAUUCAAAGCAGCCAAAGAUGGACAUUGGCCUGUGUUCUGGGCCUCUUUCGCUAUCCUUCUAGUAACAUGGGGCUUAGUCCCUGUACAAGCAGGUAUCUUUUCUGUGGAAACAAUUUUGCGCUCAUCCGAGGCACCAUUUGCGGUUUCAACUUCCUCCAUGCCGGCUGAUCAGCAAACAACCAACUUAACGCUCCGUUACUCACAAUCCACCUAUGGAAUCGCUACCCUGAACGAGACUUUACCACCGUAUAUGGCACGAAAUUUUACUCUUGCACCUUUUAGACCUUCGAUAUCGAUAGUGCAGGACGAACUCGCAAUUCAGGGUACCUGGACCGCGAUCACCACCAUGUACAGCGUCGAUCUUUAUUGCGAGGUAUCACAGCCUAUUCGAGACGCUCCAUACACGAUCCCCGAUUCUGUUCUCUACAGGAGCAAUGGCGGUUGCAAUGUGACAACAGGACUCUCAGGAAAUGUAACCAAAGGUUAUAUCAAGAACAAGAAAAUACACGCCCCCCUUCUUGAAUUGAAGGACUAUAUGGCUAUGUACAUCGGGUACUACGACGGCGGGUUUGCAGACUACUCCUUGGAUGGUUAUUGCCCACCAGAACGCAACUCGACUUUUUAUGCCGCGUUCAGUCAAACAAAGCAAAAAGAGACAGACCCACCGAACAACGUUACAGCCAUUUUCUGCGAGCCAACUUUCUAUCAACAGCGCGUGAACGCGACGGUUGAUAUGACCAGCAAAGCACCGAUUACCGUCACACCACUAGGCGACAAAGAACCACUUCCGGCAAAUUUCUUCAACGCAACAUAUCUAGAAAUACAAAUGAAUGGGGGUUCUGGAUACGAAGUCCGAGGUGACAAUCUACCGCUGAACUCACUACCAAGUUACCUGGAGCGCGUUGCGGCAACCAAUCUUAGUGUAGUGACUGGUCCCACAGGCGGCGGCUUUGUUCAGCCUAUGGUCGGAUUGUCCCUUGCAGUCAGCGAUCGUCCGCUUGAGGAUUACCUUGACUGGCGAGUUCUGAGUAAGUCUUAUGCGGAUGCAUACAGGCUGCUCUUCUCUCGCGCAAUGGUAGACGUACUCGGCAACGAUUUCAAGACCUCCGAAGCCAUCAUGGGUCACAAGCAGUACUCAACACAAGCAGUCAUUGUUGAGCCUGUCUUCACCUACAUCGCCGAAGGCCUUCUGGGCGCCGUUUCAAUUGCAACGCUGGUACUACUAUACCUAUCGAUGACGAGGGCCAGGAAUCUUCACUCCAAUCCGAGCACAAUCGCGAGCAUAAUGAGUCUUGUCGCCGACAAUGAGGCGCUGCUUGCAGAUUUUGAGGAUCUUGACUGCUGCACUACAGAAGAGGUUCAAGAACAGCUCGGAAAUAAGAGAUACCGGCUUGAUGAUGAUGGUCAACAACAUACUAUUAUCGAAGUUGGUCCUAUCACAGAUUCCGUCCUGAUAGCUCAGCAACCAGUCACUACCGCCCAACGGCGGAACACCCCUCGAAAUAUCGCAAAGCCUGUCCGACCCGUCGAGUUCAGUCUUUGGACUUCUAUCCCCUUCGUAGGACUAUUCACUGGACUUGCUAUUGCUCUUGCGGUAAUCUUCGCCAAGGCAAAGCUGAACGGUCUUCCUCUGCCUUCAAAGGACAAGCUUGUCCAGAACCUCCUAGAGAACUACAUCCCAACGGCAUUUGCUACGCUUAUAGAACCAAUGUGGAUUCUAAUCAAUCGCCUACUGUGCAUGUUGCAACCUAUAGAGGAGCUUCAGGACUGCGAUGCACCUGCCAAAAGGUCUAUUGAUCUCAACUACAGCUCAUUGCCUCCGCAACUUGUAAUUUUCAAGGCGCUGAGGUCGAAGCAUUUUGUUCUAGCGGCAGUCUGUUCCAUGGUUUUACUUGCCAAUCUUUUAGCUGUUGCAUUCGCAGGCAUCUUCAACCAGGACUCGGUCAGCAUACGGUACCCUGCGGGUUUUAGUUCUCCAUUCGAGUUGAAGUUCGUCUCGGUGAACGGAAGCAUCGGGCCCAAAAGUGGCGAUGAGUUCGGCUCUCUCGAAGCUUCAGGCGCAUACCGUGGCGGCAGCACUCAGGAUCAGUUCCUUAUUGCUGAAUCCAACUUUACGCGAGGAACUCCUCUCCCUGCAUGGACCGACGAGAAAAUGCUUUACCUACCUUAUUUCAGUGCGGCAGAUGUGAAUGCGACGGACGGGCGCGACUACCGGGCUGAAACCUCGGGUUUUGGUGCCGAGCUCAACUGCGAGACUCUUGACUUCGGCGUACACUAUCGCGCCAGGCUAGUCAGCGAUGGUUCAAACAUUCAGGCUGUCUUCAACAUCACAGAUCCUGCGGACUCUGAAGAAACAGUAUGUCCGGUCAGGGUAGCACCAACAAUUCUGUGGGGCCCGAGUAGGCCAGGGCCACGACCAGAAAUCAACGGUACUUGUCAACGUGGUCCAAGUGCCACAGAGUUAGUGUUCGUUGCCGACGCGGAUGCAAACGCUACUCAAGGAGAGAGGGAUGCUUGCAUGACAACGAUCAUCAUGGGAUGGAUCAGAGCACCUGAUGGAUCCUGUGGCGAUUUUGCGGAAAGAGAUCUGGACAAAAGCAACUCGGUGUUUGUUCGUUGCAAGCCAAAGAUUAUUACAGGAAGAGCCACAGUGCAAGUCGAUGCAACUGGGCGACUGCAAGAAAAAGUUGCGGAUCUGAACAUCGAGGGCAAUGCCUCGGAAAAAGCAUUCACGAACGGCGCCGUCGACGUGAUUGGACAAGCGAACCGGUACAUAUUCAAAUACUCCGAAAGUGGUUGGCACAACGACAGCAACGCGGAAGAUCCGAUGAACUACUUCGCUCGGCGCGAAUCAAACAGCACACGCCUCAGCGAUCCGAACCAACCGGUUCCUACACUAGAAGAUAUCCAAGUUCCUCUUGGCAAGGCCUUCUCACGACUUUUUGCAAUUUGGCUUGGAACCAAUAAGGAGAAGUUACUGGUGCCACGCAGCAAGGCGAACGAAGCGCAAGUCCAAGGUUGGACAGUGGUCAAGGAGCAAAGGCUCUUCGUGUCCACUCCUAUGUUCAUCAUUUCCGAGGCUAUUCUUGGCAUCUACAUCAUUGUUGCAGUCAUGGUGUAUCUGCGCCGACCUGGACAGUAUCUUGCGCGGAUGCCUACGUCCAUCGCGUCAAUUAUCAGCUUGUUUGCCGCCAGUGCGGCGGUGCAAGACAUGAAAGAGACUUCACAUUUGAAUAGAAAGGUACGUGCUCGUCAUCUCGAUAGGCUGGGGUCACGCUAUGGAUAUGGUAGUUACAUCGGGGGAGAUGGAAGAGUGCACAUCGGGAUUGACAAAGUACCGUUUGUGCGAGUCAGGUCGAAAACUACCUGGCUGGAACGGAAGGUCCAUUCCUUCCGGAAGGGCUCGUUGGGAGGAUCCUAA